CCCAGUCAUCUACCUCACCUUUGGACCCUCCAUCGUGACCAUCCGGCAAGGCAUUAGUGGCAUCGUAAUCCCCAUUACUAUAGAUGCUCUCAACAAUGGGGGCAUUGUAGUGCUUCAAAAUAUCGAGCAUAUGCAAGUUGUCGCUCAUGCCAGCUCUUGUACGUGACCUGUAUCGUGUUUGCCGGUGGUUAUGCUCACGUUGACUCCUUGAACAUCGCUCAGCCCACCUCACAUCUAUGAAUCACCUCGACCUUUCCCGAUUUCCUGCCCUCAGAUCCCUUACUUUCUACGUCGUCUUCGACACCCUCGACAGCACAUGCGUCGUUCGCGCCUGGACCGGCAUUCUCGCCGCCGUCCGUACCAUCCCCAGGAUCUCCCACCUCGAGCAUUUCACGCUCUGCAGCCCCGCCUCACAGGCCAUCAUGCGCUCAGGCUCAGCCCUCUUCCACGCACUCGAGCAGCCGCUGUAUAGUCUCGAUAGGUGCCUUGCCGCGCUCGUCGACCGCGCGCCGCUGCGUGUCGUCACGCUGGUGCCGCCGCAGGGCGAGGAAUUUAUCUCAAGCGACUGGAUACGUGCGAGGAGCUUCUUCAGUGCGCUCUGGGACUACGACAUGCUUGCGUUCUGAGCUCGUGUUAUUGGAGACUGCAGUGCUCUGCCACUUCGUUUUUUUUGUGUCUGCAUUAUAUUUCUUGAGUGUAGAGAUUAGGUUCUAGCUGUUCGGCUUACCGGUUACCUCUUGUUAGCCUCACAGGCAGCAUACUGCAGUACCUGUUUGUGAAUUCAACUUCACAGGCGUUGCCUAUCUGGGAGUAUAUCUACAUACAUGUCAGGUCCCUACUUCGCAUGCUUCCGCACCAAAAUAUUAGUAUUCCUGCCCCAGUCGUUUGUUACGCCUUCGGCAGCGCAUCCGUAUGGAAGCGCGCCCUGAGACACAGUCAGAUAUGCACAGAAGCUCCAUCAGAGACAGCGCCCAGCCACACGGCGAGCUAGAGACCCGAUUGGGCAAGCUGCCCGUCAUCAUCUCCGACGACAGAGCAAAAUGCAUACCGUGUGAAUGACGUCCGUGGAGUACGGGCCUUCGGGCUUACAGUUUUCCGAAUGUGAUUGCUUUGACAUCCAUGCAGUUGGACGUUUGGGCGGCAUGACUGCCGCUGUGCUGCGGAUGGUCCGGCGGCGAGCAGCACGCAUGCCUUUCCCGGUGUUCCGAGUGCGAGGCUGCUGGGUUCUGAACAUCUCCUGCUGCUCACAUUUUUAGAGACAACAUGCAGCAAAGACAGCUCGAGGCCACGGAGUCGGAUGCGCUGGUCUGCCGCGGUGAUGCGGGUCCGUCGGUAGCUUCAUUGACGCGAGCUGAGGCAGACGAACUUGGCAAGCGUUUGAUUCAAUUGUGAGCUGCAGGCUGAUAACAUAGUUAGUGUCAGUAAUAUCAGGACUUGUAAAGCAAC